CCUAUCAGCUGUUCCCUUUAUCAAACUGCUAAUUCGGCACGCACGCACGUAUCUUCCAGCUCUUCUAAAAAUUCCCUUACAAUUAGAUUAAAUUGGAGCCCACAAAACACCCGUAGAGAUGAGCCCAAUCAGCGCGGAAGAGAAGCUAGACUAUGUGAAGUCCAAGAUAGGAGAAUAUCCAAACUUCCCCAAGGAGGGCAUUCUGUUCCGCGACAUUUUCGGAGCCCUCACCGAUGCCAAGGCCUGUGUGUACUUGAGGGACCUGCUGGUGGAGCACAUCCGCCAGAGCGUUCCCGAAGCUGAGAUCAUCGUGGGCCUAGACUCCCGAGGAUUCCUCUUCAACCUGCUCCUGGCCACCGAACUUGGCGUGGGCUGUGCUCCCAUCCGGAAGAAGGGCAAGCUGCCCGGCGAGGUCGUAUCCGUGGAGUACGAGCUGGAGUACAGCAGUGACACCUUCGAGAUACAAAGGAACGCCAUCGCGCCUGGUCAGAAAGUCGUCGUCGUGGACGACCUUCUGGCCACAGGAGGGUCCCUGGCGGCCGCCGCUGAGCUGGUCCGCAAAGUAGGAGGAGUAGUCGUAGAAAGUCUGGUGGUGCUGGAACUAGUCGGCUUGGAGGGUCGGAAGAGGCUGGACGGCAAAGUACAUUCCCUGAUCAAGUACUGACAGUUGAUGCAGCCACUGCAGGAUGCCUUGAAUAUUUGCAUUUACUCUAUACCUCUGGAAGCAAUCUAUGGAUUAGUGAAUUUUUGUAUACACUUUCAAAUGUUGAACAAUGUUUUGGCAAAUAGAGAAAUAUUUUUAUAAAAAUCGUUAAA